AAACACUUGAUGAAACUUUUGAUCAAAUUACAUUAGCAAUGGCAAAUGAGAGUGAUUUAUUUGAAGAUAAUGAAGAAUUUGAAACAAAUUUUACUUUUGAAUAUGAUGAAAUUAAAGAUAUAGAAGAAUUAAAUAAUGAUAAUUUAGAAAUCAUUGAUUAUAUUGAUUUAUUAGCAAGUAUAUUAAAUGCAGAUAAUAUUAAUUCUGAUAAAUAA